AUGGCUAUGUUCAGCCAAAAUCCCCUGAUGAACGGGCCCAACUACUCCUUCUCCGAGGCCCCCAAGACCGCCAAUGGCGAGUUCAGGCAGCACCGCUUCAACCCCUACACGGACAACGGCGGUUCAACCCUCGCCAUCGCCGGCGCCGACUUCGCCAUCGUAGCCGGCGACACCCGUAGCACUUCGGGCUACAGCAUCAACUCCAGAUACACACCCAAGGUCUUUAAGAUCGGCGGCACCACCUCAACACAAGAAGAUGCGACAAUCAUGCUCUCCGUCGUCGGUUUCGCUGCCGACGGCGAGGCCCUCAAGGACCGCCUCGACACCAUUUGCAAGAUCUACCGCUACCGCCACGGCAAGCCCAUGAGCGUCACAGCCUGCGCGAAGCGUCUCUCGACGAUCCUUUACCAGAAGCGCUUCUUCCCCUACUACGUCUACGCCAUCCUCGGCGGCCUCGACGAGGAGGGCGUCGGCGCCGUCUUCUCCUACGACCCCGUCGGAAGUUACGAGAGAGAGCAGUCCCGCGCUGGUGGUGCCGCUGCCAGCUUGAUCACACCAUUCCUCGACAACCAGGUCAACUUCAAGAACCAGUACGUGCCGGGCAGCGGUGUGGGCCACGAGCUGCAGGAGCGUCCCCGCGUUCCCCUGGAGCGCAAGGAGGCGGAGAUUCUGGUCAAGGAUGCGUUCGACGGAGCGGUCGAGAGACACAUUGAGGUCGGUGACCACCUGCAAAUGAUGGUCAUUACCAAGAACGGCAUCGAGGAGGUCCUUCUCCCCUUGAAGAAGGACUAA